CCCUCCACUCCAAACGUCGCGCGAUUCCCCCAAUCCUCCUCCAACCACUUACAUCCUUCCCGCGAAUCCAACUCCGCGCCCGAACCCGAAAACCCGAACCCGAAAUCCGAAACACUUACUCGCAAAUCUCACCGGAAUCUGAGCGACGACACAUCCCGAUCCGAGCUAGAGACGACGGAGCUCCGGCUCAGCAGGCGGCGAUCGGAUCGCCAAUCAUGUCGUCCAAGUCUCUACCUUACUCCAACAAAGAUAUCCUCUACGACAACGCCAAGUUCCGCCACCGCUCCGUCUUCAAGGUGAUAAAUCAGACCUUACUUGCCAGUAAAGUAAAGCAUCAUUGUACGAGUUGUAGUACAGGAAAGUUUCUAGCGUUGCUAAUGAUAUUCGGUAUAGCGUGUCUUUUGCUGACACAUACAAGUUCCACUGGUUCUGUUUCGUAUGGUGUAGUGAAUGGUAGUAGGAAUGAUACAUAUGAGCACAAUAUAAGCGGUGGCAUUAGGUUCGGGAAUCUUUUGAGACGUGCUCCGAGGCUUCCUCCUCAACUAACGCCUGACCAAAUAGGAAGUAGUGGACCGAAUUGGGUAGAUAGGCAAGAAAAUGUGAAGAAGGCUUUUAUUCAUGCAUGGUCUGGGUAUAAAAGGUAUGCUAUGGGUUUCGAUGAGUUGAUGCCCUUGAGCAAGCAGGGAGUUGAUGGUUUAGGAGGUCUUGGUGCGACUGUUGUGGAUGCCCUUGAUACGGCCAUGAUAAUGGGUGUGGAUGAAGUUGUUUCUGAAGCAGGCUCAUGGAUCGAGAAGCACCUUUCGAGUAGGAUUAGUGAGAAAGGACAAGUUAAUUUAUUUGAAACAACAAUACGUGUUUUGGGUGGUCUAUUAAGUGCAUAUCAUCUCAGUUCUGUGAACCAAGGGACAAACUCAACACGUAAAGGACCUGAGCCUGCUGUUUAUCUAGAAACUGCUAAGAACUUGGCUGAUCGUCUGCUAUCUGGUUUUACUUCAAGUCCUACUGCUAUUCCCUUUGGUGAUGUUGUUCUUCGUGAACCUUCAGCACAUCCAGCUCCAGAUGGUCUUAGCAGUACUUCAGAAGUUUCUACCUUACAGCUUGAAUUCAACUAUCUUAGUACCGUUUCUAAUGAUCCAAAAUACACUGUAGCAGCUAUGAAGGUCUUGGAACAUAUGAAAACUCUACCAAAGGUGGAAGGGCUUGUUCCUAUAUUUAUAAACCCUAACACUGGUGAAUUUAGUGGAAACAAUAUAAGACUGGGAUCUCGUGGCGACAGCUACUAUGAGUACCUACUGAAAGUUUGGCUUCAGAAGGGACCAAAUCGAGAGAGUAAUUUAACAUAUCUCUAUGAUAUGUAUGAGGAAGCAAUGAAAGGUGUUAAGCACCGUCUUGUUAGGAAAUCAAUACCAAAUGGAUUAGUUUUCAUAGGGGAAUUGCCUUAUGGAGCUGAGGGAGAUUUUAGUCCAAAAAUGGAUCACCUGGUAUGUUUCUUGGCUGGUACUCUAGCACUUGGUGCCACCAAAGGCGUUACCAAGGAAAAGGCACUGAGAGAUAAUUUGCUAAAUUUUGAAGAUCUGGAAAAUUUGAAUCUUGCAGAAGAUCUUGCUGAAACAUGCUUUCAGAUGUAUUCAGUAACAUCUACUGGUCUUGCUCCAGAAAUUGCUUAUUUUCAUACAGAGGAAUAUUCUGAUGGACAUCUUGAUGGUGGUAACAAGAGUUCAAAAUAUUUGAAUGACAUAAUCAUCAAACGGGCUGAUCGACAUAAUCUCUUGCGUCCUGAAACUGUUGAGUCAUUGUUUGUCUUGUACCGUAUCACAGAAGAUCCUAAAUAUCGUGAAUGGGGUUGGCAGAUUUUUGAAGCAUUUGAGAAAUACACAAGGGUUGAUACUGGUGGAUAUAGUUCUUUGGAUGAUGUAACUACAAUUCCACCUCAUAAAAGAGACAAGAUGGAGACGUUUUUUUUGGGAGAGACUCUAAAGUAUCUGUACUUGCUGUUCGGAGAUAGUUCGCAUGUUCCUUUGGAUAAAUAUGUUUUUAACACUGAAGCUCAUCCUAUUCCAAUCGAAGGAGCUACCAAGAGGGUGUAACACUGUGCAGUAUACAGUAUCAUUGGAAAUCAUGUAUGGACAAUUCAUAUGAUUGCAGGCAUAAACAGUGAAGUCUAGUUGAGUUUCAGAGGCGGCUUUAGUUUUUUCUCUUGUGCCAUUCUCUGGUGAAUUGGUGAUUCAAUACGCAUUCUUCUACAUUACCGUCAAAAGUCCUAAGGAGGAGAAUUUUCCUGGACAUCACUAUACCUGUGGAGCAAGAUAUAAUGACAAAUUGUAAUAUGUAUUUCUUGCUUUUCAGCAGAUUUUGAUUAGUUAGCAGAGGGUGUUUUACCCAUUGAAAAUUUGAAAGUAUAAAGUGCUAUUAUUUGUAAGUGAUUUCUUUCUUUUCUCCUGGCUUUUGAGUUUUGAGAACCACAAUGUUGUGUUAUAGUCAAAUCAAACCUUCUGUUAAUUCUUAUUAAUGUUGCCUAAGAGUUACA